CAGUCAGCUGCGGAACCGGAAGUCCCUUCUGUUGACGAUCGUGUGUUUGGUUUUCGGCUUCUCUCUUCUCCGUUUCUCCGUUUUUCCGGUUCUCGGUUGAUUCUCUGCGUCGAGACUCGUCUUCAACACAAACGCUGCUUGUGUUGAACCGGAAGUUCCCGCACAGAGACCGAGUCAUUGUCUCAGCUGCAGUCGGGCCCGAGGCUGGGCUAACGUUAGCCUAGCAUCCAGUCAAGUCCUGCUAGCUGGCGUUAGCUUGUGUUAGCUUGUGUUAGCUGUCAGACCCACAGAGUAAAGACAGUCCUGACGUGAACUCGUUUGUGGGAGAAGUUAAACAGAAAUUUAGAAAACAUGGCGGUUAUCAACGAAGCUGGGCUGAAGAAGAUGCUGAAGCAAUACAAAUACAGGGAUCUGUCUGUUCGUGAGAUAACCAACGUCAUCUCCCAGUACAAGGACCUGAAGCCAGUUAUGGACGCUUAUGUGUUUAACGACGGCUCCACAAGAGACCUGAUGAGCUUGACAGGCACCGUCCCAGUGAGCUACAGAGGCAAUGUCUACAACAUCCCAGUGUGUCUGUGGUUGCUUGACACAUACCCCUACAACCCUCCCAUUUGUUUUGUCAAACCCACCAACGCGAUGAUGAUCAAAACUGGCAAGCACAUCGAUGCCAACGGCAAAAUCUACCUGCCUUAUCUACAUGAGUGGAAGCAUCCCCAGUCAGACCUGUAUGGUCUCAUUCAGGUGAUGAUUGUGGUGUUUGGAGAGGAGCCUCCUGUGUUCUCUCGCCCCACUACACAAGCCCCUUACCAAUCCUUCCAAGCAGCUGGACCCCCAAACCCCGCCUACAUGCCUGGUAUGCCCGCAGUGUCACCAUACGGUCCAAACGCUAACCCAGGAGGCUAUCCAGGAUACCAGUACCCAGGGGGCAACUCAUACCCAGCCACUGGCGGCCCUGCACACUACCCCACCCAGGCCCCAGUCUCCGCAGUUGGUCCAAGCCGGGAUGGCACCAUCGGAGAGGACACCAUCCGCGCAUCUCUGAUUUCAGCAGUAAGUGACAAACUUCGCUGGAGGAUGAAGGAGGAGAUGGACAGAGCUCAGGCCGAGCUGGACGCCCUGAAGCGAACAGAGGAAGACCUGAAGAAAGGACAUCAGAAACUGGAGGAGAUGGUCUCAAGACUGGACCAGGAAGUGACGGAGGUUGACAGAAACAUUGAGCUGCUGAAGAGAAAGGACGAGGAGCUGAGCGAGGCCUUGGAGAAGAUGGAGAACCAGACGGAGAACAAUGACAUUGAUGACGUCAUUGUGCCGACGGCUCCUCUUUACAAACAGAUUCUGAACCUGUACGCUGAGGAGAACGCAAUCGAAGAUACUAUCUUCUAUCUGGGAGAGGCUCUCCGCAGGGGCGUCAUCGACCUUGAGGUUUUCUUAAAGCAUGUACGCCUCCUGUCCAGGAAGCAGUUCCAGCUUCGUGCCCUCAUGCAGAAAGCCCGCAAAACUGCAGGCCUCAGCGACCUCUACUGAUUCUCACACACUACCUGGAAGCGUUCAUAUCUUCAAUCUCUCUUCGUUUCCCUUCUAGCCCUUUUUGUUGUAUUCCCUCCUCUAACGUCUUCUUUUAUUUUAAAUCGCUGCUCCUUUUUAUGGAAAUUCACUAUGAAAUCUGAAAGAACCCGGAACAGCAACGCUUAAGAACAAUUGGACUGUCGUGUGUAACACAGUGAAAUUUCCAACUGUAUGGCCACAGUUGUACACCAUUUGUAUUUUGAUCUGACCAAAUACUUCUUUGAAAUCAUCAUGCAUCAACAGUCAUGAACCAGACACGACAAAUGAUUGACUGUGGUCGACACAAAAAACUUUCGCCAUACAGGUAAAAGUGAGGUGCGAGCUUAUUCUGUGUAUGAUGUGUGUGAGUGUUUGUGGUGAAGCCGGGUUGUGCGUUAUUGUGUCGACAUGUUUAUGCUGCAUUACACCCUGGUCCACAGGUUUUUGCUCUUUGUCAGACAAAGUAAUUUGGCUAGUAAGCACAAAUAGUCAGGGGCUAGUGGCGAGGGGCUUUGUAGAGAGCCCCAUGUGUCCGCUGUCCCACACCCCUCAUAAUGAAAAGGUUAGGCUGUGAUAUAAAUACCCAGGGCAACCUUUCAUGAAGGACGGGGGUUCAGCCUCAGGAUUUAGUUCUGCCUGGGGUCUGGGUCAUGUUCAGUAGCCAUGGAGUCAACUUGAUCUCCUCUCAUACAGUAGAGGUGAUGAUCAACGUGGCCCUGAGCUGUGUUUCUGUGUUGUGUGGGUCUAUCAAUGAGCUGAAUUCUUGUGAGCAACCAUCAACUUACCCGCACCACUCUUUAUCUGUCCCCUGAUCUGUGUUUUGUCUCCAUGAUGGUGUGAGUGAGGCUGUUUGAUCGCAUGUCAGCUGCUCAGGUCUACCCUCUGACUGCAUUAACCAGUCAGUCUCGUACAGUGGUCGUCUCACUCUCUGCACUGUCUCUAACUAAUGCAGGUGGCUGUCUUGACAUACUUAAAUCUAAAAGGAAAUCUUUUUUUUUUUUUUAACUUUUCUAUUUCCCUUGUGCUGUCCACUUAUUCUCAGUCCUGCUGAGAAGUUUAGAUUUUCAGAAAAAAAAAGGUUGUGAAUAGGCCAGAACGUUGGAGGGUAAAAAAAAAAAAAAAAAAGGACUAUGAACUAAUCAAAAAAAGUUAACUUAUGUAAAGUUUGCAAACAGGUCUCAUUUAAAUUAGCCUUUUACUAAAUGCACUUUGAAUUGUAUGAUAGAAUAUCUGCUGUUGUUUUUUUUUUCUUUGUUUCCAAAUCAACCACCUGUUCUUUUAUAUCUGUAGAUUUAUGUAAA